AUGGUGAAUCCCACUUUCACUUCCUCUUCCUCUUCUGAUCUCUCUGAUUUGAUCGAAACUACGCAUGAUGUCUUCCUUAGUUUCAGAGACGGAGAUGAUACCAUUACUGGGGAUCUUCAUGCUGGUUUAUGCCGUGAACACAUCAAAUCCUACUUUGAUGAGGAAUCACGUGAGAGAAGUGACGACGAAAUUGGAUCUCAACUCAUGAGAGUAAUUAAAUCAUCGAAGAUCGCAAUAAUUGUUUUAUCACAAAAUUAUGUAUCUUCCAAAUGGUGUUUGGAUGAACUUGUUCAUGCACUCCAAUGCAGGGAAAUAAAUAGACAGAUUGUUGUACCUGUUUUCCUCAAAACACCAUCAGAUGUGCCUGGAAGUUAUGACACUGCAUUUGCUCAACUCAAAAAUAGAUUUAAAGGUAAGAUGGAUAAUAAGGUGCAGGCAUGGAGGGCUGCUUUGAAAGUAGUCACCAGUCUAUCUGGAUGGGAUUCAUGUAGCAUAAGGCUCGAGUCUAAACUUGUCAAAAUGAUUAUUGAUGAUGUUUUGCAUACUAGAAUUCCGUCGAAUCUGAAUGUUUCAAUCUAUUCGCUUCGACACGAUGUUUUCCAUGAAUAUGUAAGUAUCUUAGGGUCAGAUGAUGUUGUGAUGGUGGGGAUUGUUGGGGAGGCUAAAAUGGGGAAGACGAUGAUGGCGAAAGCCAUUUACGAUGGACUUGUUGAGCCUUUUGAUGGCAGUAGCUUUCUUAUAGGUGUGAGAAAGAAAUCAAAAGAAUUAAAUGGCAUGGUUCAGUUACAAGAGAAGCUUCUUUUUGAUAUACUUGGAGAGAGAAUUACCUUAGCUAGUGAAACACGAGGUGUGGAUGCAAUAAGAGAAAGACUAUAUCAAAAGAAGGUUCUAAUUGUUCUCGAUGAUGUGGAUGACUUGUCCCAAUUGUUUGCUCUAGUUGGAAGCAGAAAAUGGUUUGGUUUGGGAAGCAAAAUCAUCAUAACAUCUACUAAUUUGCCUCUGCUUUGUAUCUUUGAAGUGGAUCAAUUGUUUUUGGCUCAAGGCCUUCCUCUACCGCUUGAUAUACAGGAAAUCUGCGAGCCGUUCCAACAAUGUUGUCGAAAGAUUCCUGGACUAAAAGAGUAUAUAAAGAGGCUCUCUUACUUGACCAAUAAGAAGGUGAAGUAUCUUGAAGAAUGUUUGAUCAGUGAGCAUCAAAACGACACUCUUCAGCAUGGUCAGGGAGAUGGACAUGCCUUUAAUUCAUGCACAAUGCUUGAGGAAGAUGGAACCGCAUCAAGUGUUGCAAUGAGUUCUUCCUUUGUUGAGUCUUCACCAAAAUCCUUGUUAAGAUCUCUCUCAGGUGACUUAGAGAAUAAUGGUUUAAAUGGAACCAUCACAGAUUCAAACGCAGACAAAGGAAGAGUUUCACAAGAUGUCGAUUUUAACACCAUCGCAGUGGAUCUUGAAGAAAUGGAGGAAGCAAUGUCAGUGGACAGUUCAAGAAACACUCUAAAGGAGUCUAAUGGCACGUUUAGCCAUGUUCUUUGUUGUUUCUGCGCAAAGUAG